CAUUGACUCAGCAUAACAGACAGCUUCCCCAAUUUGUGCACCACUUGGCGAAGGGAGCGUGAACUGGCCACGGCCCACCUAGGCCUGAAAUCCGUAUCGUUAAUGGUACUUUUGUCAAUCUCCGUUAUGCGUUGGACUCGGACAAACUUGACCAUCGUAAUGGUAAACCCGCCCAAUUCUCAAAGCAGCCCUCUUGCAAAUAUAGUCCUCAGAUUCAGAAGACGUAGUGUCAUUCGAGAUUGACGGACUCUUCGGUUUAGGUGGAGGACGUCCAAUACAUGCUGAUAUCUGUUUGGCUCAUGUACACACAAAGAUGAAUAGAAGACAACCCAAAUAUGACGUUCAUCCCGUACGUUCGUGACCGAUGGAAAGGGAUUUCAUGUACGGGAGUGGUGAUGAACAGUCCGAUGGAGUAGAACCAAGACGCAGGCCAUUUAGACGUAAAUGUAGUCUAACACGGGGAACAUUUUGUGGUGUUGAAAAGGGACAGCGUCGUCAACCCAGAUGCUCCAGCUAUUCCAAGCACACCGGUUUGAAGCACGAACUUCGUCACUCGAUUUUUGUCGUCGUGCUCAAAUCGACAGGUAACCUCAACGUCACGUUGAAUCCCUUCGGGCUGCCAAUGUUCCCCAAGUUCACCUCCCACAAAUCUAUACCACCAAUACUGAUUCCCUUCCCACCAGGGCCACUACCAAGGUUAUGCAGACCCAAUCCGCCAUCUGCUCCAGGAACGGGGGCCACAGCCGGGAUGGGAAGCCCCAAGAAUGACACCCCGCGCUGUUCCAAAGAGAGCGUAGAAUUGAUGGUUGCUUUGGAUGAAAGGGGAUAUGUGGAAUGUCACGAUGAACUCCUCACCGAGGUGGAGGAUUUUUGUUGGGGCAGAAAUGCUGUCGAUUAGGGCGCAAGUUGAAGAGAUAAGGAGGAAGAUGAGUGAGAGGGCGGAUGUGAGGGCGUGGAUCUCCAUAAGUGA